UGUAACCAGGGGCGGAAAGACCAUUCGAGCACUCGGGCGCUGUCCGAGGGCCCAGGGUCAGUAGGGGGCCCCAUGAGAGCCCCUGGUACCUUUCAUUGGCUUUUUUGGGUAUGGGCGAGGAUACGGGGGCCCCAUAAUCCCCUAUGGCCGGGGGCCCCAUGAGUUGUCAGUCCGCCCCGCUUGUAACCGUAUACUAUAAUGUGCUGCUGCUGUAUGAUGUGAUUUGUUGUUGCAGUGCAAUUAUUACAUAU